CAGACAAAACUAGGGUUUGCAUUUCGUAGCAGCAAUGGCGCCGACGAAGGAGAGAGCAUCUAGGGUUAGCCGAAACUCUGAUUUGAUCAGAGGGAUUGGAAAGUUCUCAAAGUCACAGAUGUAUCACAAGAAAGGUAUCUGGGUUAUUAAGGCCAAAAAUGGUGGCGUUUUUCCUCAUCAUGAUCCUAAACCUAAGCCCGAAACUGCUGUUGAAAAACCACCAAAAUUUUACCCUGCUGAUGAUGUGAAGAAACCUCUUCGUAACAAGCAUAAGCCUAAGCAGACUAAGCUCAGGGCAAGCAUCACUCCCGGCACAGUGCUGAUUCUUCUUGCUGGUAGAUUUAAGGGCAAGAGGGUGGUGUUUUUGAAGCAGCUUCCUUCUGGAUUGCUUCUUGUAACUGGUCCCUUCAAGAUCAACGGAGUUCCUUUGAGAUGUGUGAAUCAGGCCUAUGUGAUUGGUACAUCAACCAAAGUCGAUAUCUCCGGUGUUAAUGUGGAUAACCUUGAUGACAAGUACUUUUCAAAGGAAGCCCCAAAAAAGAAGAGCAAGGGAGAAGGCGAAUUCUUUGAGUUAGACAAGGAGGAGAAAAAGGUGUUACCUCAGCAGAAGAAAGAUGACCAGAAAACAGUGGACGCUGCAUUGAUAAAAGCUAUUGAUAGCGUUCCAGACUUGAAAACUUAUCUUGGUGCCAGGUUUUCUCUCAAGGCAGGUGUGAAGCCACACGAACUAGUUUUCUAGUUUGGCGGAAAGAGG